ACAACACUGCGAUGCAGCAAGUGAGCCCCGCGGCCGCGCCACGACGCUUGACUGGCACUCCGGCGCGUCAGCACUUGCGUUCCAAGGUCGCAACCGCCUGUAUUGCCAUCUACCUCCUGUUGACGCCACUGCAAGCCUACUUGUACGAGAACUUUCCGUGGCAGCUCGAGACUCCGCCGUCGCUCGAGACCGUCGCGACGUGGCAGCAGGCCGAAGCGUUCUGGCUCCGUUUUGCCCACAACCGGUAUACGCCCGAGACAUUCUUCGAUGGCGCGUCCUACUGCCAUGACGCAAAAACCAACACGGACAUUUACCGCAUGGUGCUCAACCUCUCGGAGCCAAUUCCGCAGGAGAAAUGCCGCUCGAAUCUUCUGACCAAGCUCAAUAAUGGCGCGAUUUUGAGCGUGAACCUCGAAGACCGACUCUGUGCGUUCGCUGCGAGCCCCAACGCGACGCGUGUGGACGCGUUUAGCGCGUGCCAAAAAAAUGUCGUCGCCGGGAUCGAACAGAGUAUCAUUUGCGCGUGGCUUACGCCCGGCAACGACCUCGAUAAGACGCUGACGGCGUCGGGUCUCUACACGUACUACAACAUCUUUUUCAUGCGGCCGUCGAUCCCGUUUCUGUAUACCAAGCUCGCGUGGCGCUUCCUCCUCGUUAUCUACUUGGGCUACCGUCUCUAUUUCGAUUAUUUUCGGCACUGUCGCGAUCUGUUGCGCGAUUGCGCGCUCGUCGAGGGCCACCGGUGCGAAGUGUUUUUUGGGGACCCCACCAGUCUCGUUCUGCUCGACCCUUGGAUCACGCUUGUGAUGAGUCUCGACGUGUGGCUCAGCGCCGCAGUCAUUGGCUCGUCGACGCUCGCAGCCGUCCAAAUGGACGAUACGUGGCAGUUUAUGCUCGGGUGCAUUUACCUCUCCCGCCUGGUGUGGAUCGCCUAUUUUGCCGUCGCCAUUGCGUCGCCGAUCCUGAAGCGACUGCACAUGGAGCGGCGCGUAUCGCCUGUCGACCCGACGUUCGUCUCGCUUGCGACGAUGCUCGUCUCGGGCCCGAUGACGUACCAGCAAGGCCAAAGUGCAUUCUUCACGCGCGUGUACCUCUGGUUAUUCAACGCCAAGGCGCCGGACCCGCACACGAUCGAAGUCGGGUACGCGACCACGUUCUUUCUCAGUACGAUCGCAACGCUGCCCUUCAUUUUGGGCCUCGCAAGCUGCCCCCGCGUUCGGUCGACCGUGAUGCCGUCCGGGCUCGAUCUCGUUUCGAUCUUUGCGUCGCUCGACUUUAACGACUGGAAGCACCGGAUGCUCUUUCGAUAUCAAAUCAUGCCCGCGGCUCAGACGCGCGAUGUCCUCUUCUAUGGCGGGAACCUGCACGCGUGGUUCCACGCCAACCCGAGUUUUCGGCGUGCGCUGGGGCUCAGUCAACGGGGCCUCGACUGCUACGUGCUCGUCUUCAACGUGCAAGGCCGCGCGACAGAAUGCAUUCGCGUGAGCCUCCUGCGGCUCUUGGAUACGAACCAGCCAAAUGUUAUUAUGGCCAAAACCGAGGGCGACGCACCAUUUUGCAAAGUGACGAUUGAGGUCGACAAUGCGACCAGCGCCUUAUCCUACGUCGUCGUCGAGCCCCACCACGGCCAAUGUCGCUGGCUCGAGUGAUCUCUAGUCAUCGAUAUAAGCGAAAAUUGGUGUCCUUGAC